UCAUGUCAUUCCGAGUUCUCUAGAUCUAUUAGUCAGUUUCGAUCAAAAUUGGUUGAUGAACCUAGAGAUAUCGGAAUGAUAUAAAAUCAAUUCUUGUAUAUUCAUUUAGUUCUCCUUAUUAUAUUUAUAUUUUCUAAUAUUAAUUUGAGUUAUUAUAUUGAGAAUAAUAAUUAAUCAAUUAUUUUUUAAAAAAAAUUAUUCGAUCCGACUGCUAGUAGUUCACUGAAGUAAACUGCUCGUUGUAGUAGUUCACUGAUGUGAUUUAGUAAAAAUGAUAUUUUUAAGAUGAAAAAUAUAAUUUUUUUUAAACGACCUUUUAAUUGUUUCCAUGUCGAAUUAUAUAAUAGUGAAAAUGCUUGUAUCGUUAAUGAAAGGUUGCGUUAAAAUGUAAAAGCUAGGGGGCAAAAUGAAAUAUUUUCUCCAUGGAUAGGGAGAUAGGGUCUCCUUUGUUGCUAAUCGUCUUCAGCGAGUAGAAGUGUAGAACUCAAACAGAGAUUUCUUCUUCUUCGAUGCUUCUGUCCUCUUCGCCGGCGGCAGCUGCCGCUCUCAGUUUUCCGGCAAUGGCGGGAAUAAGCACCUUCAUAGGCGGGCAGCUUCUCUUCUUCCGACCGAACAAGAAUCCCCUCACUAGUACCCAUCCCGCGACUGCCGUCUCUAUCGUGGCCAAGGCCGCCACCCGGAGAGAGAACCGAACCGCCCGACACGAACGCAUCCGCAAGAAGGUGAAUGGUACCCCGGAGAGACCAAGGAUGUCUAUUUACCGCUCGAACAAGCAUUUAUACGUCCAAGUCAUUGACGAUUCCAAGAUGCACACACUAGCUUCAGCUUCUACAAUGCAGAAACCUAUUUCGGAAGAGCAUGAUUACUCUUCUGGUCCAACUCUCGAAGUGGCAAAGAAGGUGGGUGAAGCCAUCGCAAAGGCUUGCUUGGAGAAGGGAAUCGCCAAGGUGGCUUUCGAUCGCGGUGGCUUUCCUUAUCAUGGAUGCAUAGAAGCUUUGGCUAAUGCCGCGAGGGAACACGGUCUUGAGUUCUAAAAAAUUGUUCUAUUGAUCUAAUUGGAAGAACAAAUAUGGUUUUCAUUUCAACCAUAGCAUGAUUUCCAAGUCAUUCAAUGUCUAGUAGAUACAAAAUUGUCGUCAUAAGAUGAUGCUACCCUUGAACUUGAUGAUCAAGGGUACUUCAUUCCGACAAAUCUCUCUGCCUUUGUCGUGGAGGCGAUCAUCUUGAUGCAUGGUCCUUGUUGGUAUGAACGAUGUAAGAGUUCGGUCGAGGAAUCAGAAUUGUGGCUCUCAUUUCGACCGAGACCUUUCGUGGUUGAUCUUUAUAUCUUCCUCUUUUUGAUACUAAGAAAUUCUUAGCCUUGCCCCUUUC